AUGAAAGGACUAGAUAAUGCCGAUAUUCUUCACCUUUUAUCAGUGGCAGAUCAUCUUAUGCUUCCAGAUCUUCAUGAAGAUGUUCAAACUCAUCUUUUAAAUAAGGAAACUGAAUGGUUACGACAAAAUUUUGGCCUUGUAUAUCAAACAGUAUCCAAAUUAAAAUCUUCUCAAAAGUUAAAGGAUCAUUGCAUAGAUCUUAUAUGCAAGACUCCUGAAGUAUUGUUUCAAGCUGAUGAUUUUAAUUUAAUGGAUGAACAAAGUUUUAUCCCACUCUUAAAAAGAGAUGACCUUAACAUGGAAGAAAUUGAUAUUUGGAACAUAUUAUUAAAAUGGGGAAUCACAAAAAACCCCUCAUUAAGCAGUAAUUUUAAGGAUUGGUCAACAGAAAAUAUUCUAAAUUUACAACAAACGUUAGAGAAUUUAAUACCAUUAAUUCGGUUUUCAGAAAUUAAUAGUGUGGACUUUUACAAUAUGGUAUUACCUUACAAACAGAUAUUUCCAACAGAUUUAUUUAGUGAGAUUGAACGAUAUUAUUAUAUACCGAGUGCAAUACCAAAAUCUAUUAAUACUAAACCAAGAUACAAACUCAUAAAUUCGGUCAUAAUUACUUCAGAAGAUGAUAUAACGAUGAUUAAUAAAUGGCUUGGAGAAAAUACUCGUUGGAAUGGUAAAAUUCCUCUUUUCAAAUAUGAUUAUAAGCUAUUAAUGCGUGGUAGUCGAGAUGGAUUUACUGCCUCAGCUUUUCAUGAAAGAUGUGAUAACCAAGGUUCAACAAUUGUAUUAAUAAAAACUACGAUAAAUUCACAUGAGAUUAUAGUUGGUGGUUACACCCCAGUACCAUGGACGUCUGUUCCGUCUUGGCAUAAAAGCAGGGUACCGAUAUGUCAUUGCAAAGAAUACGGACCACAAUUUGGUGAAAAUGAUAUUUGCAUAGGCAAUAUUUUUAAUGUAGAUAAAGGGAUUUCUUUUAGUCCAUCUUCUUACCCAAAGCUUAUCGAGUCCAAUUAUGGUUUUAGCGUUAGUUUAACUCUAUGGUCUAAAAUUGAUGAGAUUGAAGUUUUUCAAAUAGAAAAAAAGAUUAUUAAAAGAUGA